GGGGCCGCUAUAUCAGAGGAGUCCCUGUCGCGGCGCAGGCAGUUGAGCUGCUGGAGUGCGGCGCCACCGGGGAGGACAGGGGGAGCUGGCGGGCAGCGGGUGAGGGGGUGGCGGGGACGCGAGUGGCGGCCGCGGGGCGCAGGACAAGGGUCCGCAGAGCUGCAGCCUUCGAGGGCCAACCCUCUCCGAGUCCGGGGCUGGGUCCCAGCCGUGACAAGGCGGCAGCCCCGCGCACACCAAAGAGAAGGCGGCUGUGGCGGCAGCGGCAGCCCCAGCCAUGCUGUGUUAUGUGACGAGGCCGGACGCGGUGCUGAUGGAGGUGGAGGUGGAGGCGAAAGCCAACGGCGAGGACUGCCUCAACCAGGUGUGCAGGCGACUGGGAAUCAUAGAAGUUGAUUAUUUUGGACUGCAGUUUACGGGUAGCAAAGGUGAAAGUUUAUGGCUAAACCUGAGGAACCGGAUCUCCCAGCAGAUGGAUGGGCUAGCCCCUUACAGGCUUAAACUGAGAGUCAAGUUCUUCGUGGAGCCUCAUCUCAUCUUACAGGAGCAGACUAGGCAUAUCUUUUUCUUGCACAUCAAGGAGGCCCUCUUGGCAGGCCACCUUUUGUGUUCCCCAGAGCAGGCAGUGGAACUCAGUGCCCUCCUGGCCCAGACCAAGUUUGGAGACUACAACCAGAACACUGCCAAGUAUAACUAUGAGGAGCUGUGUGCCAAGGAGCUCUCCUCUGCCACCUUGAACAGCAUUGUUGCAAAACAUAAGGAGUUAGAGGGGACCAGCCAGGCUUCAGCUGAAUACCAAGUUUUGCAGAUUGUGUCGGCAAUGGAAAACUAUGGCAUAGAAUGGCAUUCUGUGAGGGAUAGCGAAGGGCAGAAACUGCUCAUUGGGGUUGGACCUGAAGGAAUCUCAAUUUGUAAAGAUGACUUUAGCCCAAUUAAUAGGAUAGCUUAUCCUGUGGUGCAGAUGGCCACCCAGUCAGGAAAGAAUGUAUAUUUGACGGUCACCAAGGAGUCUGGGAACAGCAUUGUGCUCUUGUUUAAAAUGAUCAGCACCAGGGCGGCCAGCGGGCUCUACAGAGCGAUAACAGAGACACACGCGUUCUACAGGUGUGACACAGUGACCAGCGCCGUCAUGAUGCAGUAUAGCCGUGACUUGAAGGGCCACUUGGCAUCUCUGUUUCUGAAUGAAAACAUUAACCUUGGCAAGAAAUAUGUCUUUGAUAUUAAAAGAACAUCAAAGGAGGUGUAUGACCAUGCCAGGAGGGCUCUGUACAAUGCUGGCGUUGUGGACCUCGUUUCAAGAAGCAACCAGAGCCCUUCACACUCACCUCUGAAGUCCUCAGAAAGCAGCAUGAACUGCAGCAGCUGUGAGGGCCUCAGCUGCCAGCAGACCCGGGCGCUGCAGGAGAAGCUGCGCAAGCUGAAGGAAGCCAUGCUGUGCAUGGUGUGCUGCGAGGAGGAGAUCAACUCCACCUUCUGUCCCUGUGGCCAUACCGUGUGCUGUGAGAGCUGCGCCACCCAGCUACAGUCAUGUCCCGUCUGCAGGUCGCAUGUGGAGCACGUCCAGCACGUCUAUCUGCCAACCCACACCAGUCUUCUCAAUCUGACUGUAAUCUAAUCUGUUGUGCUUUUAUUGGACUUGCCAUGUUUCCAUGAACUGCACUAUUAUAAACUAUAAAAAUGAUAGAUUGUGGAGAAAGUAAUUACUCCAACACCCAUCUGCCACGCAAUGUUAAAAAAAAAAAAAAAGGAAGAAAAAUAACACAGCUACUCCUCACUGCAAAAACAUAUCCAUGUGUAGAAUCAACAACUGCAGUGGUGGGGACCAGGAGGAGCUCUGGGACACAGACACGUUCCUUGGAUGUUGAUUUUUUUAAUGAUCAAGUAAAGGAAUAGGUAAAGUCUUUGAUGUCAGUGAAGGGGCAACAUAGCCAAAAAGUUGGGUACCUUUUAGGAAAUGAUGUUGUAAGUCUCCUUAAUGUAUCCCGAGGUAAGUUUCCUACUGGCAGCAGAUUUUGUAAGAAUUACUUUUAAGAAUUUCGUUCUUUUUGUAUGGUCAUGGAGCUCCAACCAUUUUUAAUAGGAAAGUUUUCCAUAAGUCGUCGUUUUAAUGUCAUUUCUGUCUUUAUAACUUGAUCAAGAAUGAUUGGAAGGCAAACAGAUUUACAAAUCAAUUCUGUGACUUUUAAAAAGUUGACGAUGUCAGAUCUAAAGCAGUGUGGCUAGUAAAAAGCAGCUCACUCAAUGUGGGUGGCUCCCUAUUCCUUUAUGCUCCCUCUAUCCCUACCCCCACAAGCCUUUCGAUUAUAAAAUACUACCAAUUUUGUUAUAAGAUUACUGUGGAGUAGUCAAGGACUCCCCGGGCCUUCUGAGCUGGUGGAAUAUUUCAUUUUGGACUGAAAACAGAGAGCACUCUCCUUGGGAAGGGAAAGCAGAGCUUGCUGAGUGAGAGACGGAGCCUCAUGGUGUACAACUGAGGGUAGUUAACUCAUCACUUCUCCCAAGCACUCGAUCCAGCUUCACCCACUGGUGUUGCUUUGCUUGAACUGUCAAGCCUUUUAUAGCCUUACCAUAAUUUAGAUAUUGUGUCCUUUUCUGUGUUUUGUUUUUCUUUGGGGGUGGGGGUGGGGGGAGGUUUUGUUGUAAAGUAACUGCUUAAGUAUUAACUUUGGGUUGUCCCCUCUGUAUGUUUCAAAGGGGUUUUGGUUCUUUUUGCUUCUGUAUUCUUAAACAUGUUUUCCACUCCCACUUGGGCAUUUUGGAAGCUGGUCAGCUAGCAGGUUUUCUGGGAUGUCGGGAGACCUAGAUGACCUUAUCGGGUGCAAUACUAGCUGAGGUAAAGCUAGAAACCUACACUGUCACUUUACUGAGAUUUCUGAGUAUACUUUUCAUAUUGCCUUAAUGUAGCAGUAAUGUGUGUAUGCAUUUGUUUCUUUGCACAGACAUUUUGUCAAAUAUUAAAACUCUACUUUUUUAUGGCACAUAUUAGCAUAUAAGCCUUUAUUCCAAGAGGUAUUUAUUUUUUCACUUGUAAAAAAAUAAUGUUUCCACGUAAAGAACUCUGUUAUAUCCUAGAGGACUCUGUCUUUUUAUAUUCAGGAUAAUAAAGACUUUAAAGCAAA